GUCACGUGGGGCAGUCCCACGUGAUCGGAGGCCCUGUCCCAACAUGGCGGCCUCCAUGGGUCGCUGGCUUCUCUUCCUCGUUGAGCUGCUUGGCUUCCUCACGGAGGAGACCAGCGGCCUCGACUGGGGGGCCUCCCGAGACGACGACUUGCUGCAGCCCUACUCCCGCGCGCGCGCGCGCUCCGCCCGGGACUGCUCAAGGGUGCGCGCCGGAAGCCGAGACCACGAGAGCUGGCUACCUACCCCGGCGACCCCCGGCACCCGCGGCCCAUCGGUGCGCACCUUCGUUUCGCACUUCGCAGACCGCGCGGUGCCUGGCCACCUGACGCGGGUGGCAGAGCCCCUGCGCACCUUCUCGGUGCUGGAGCCCGGUGGGUCCGGCGGCUGCGCUUCGAGGCGCCGCGCCACGGUGGAGGAGACGGCGCGGGCGGCUGGCUGCAGAGUCGCCCAGAACGGCGGCUUCUUCCGCAUGAACACCGGCGAGUGCCUGGGGAACGUGGUGAGCGACGGGCGCCGGGUGAGCAGCGCCGGGGGGCUGCAGAACGCGCAGUUCGGGAUCCGCCGCGACGGGACCCUGGUCACCGGGUACCUGUCUGAAGAGGAGGUGCUGGAAACUGAGAAUCCAUUUGUGCAGCUGCUGAGUGGGGUCGUGUGGCUGAUACGCAACGGAAGUGUGUACAUCAACGAAAGCCAGGCGACCGAGUGUGAUGAGACGCAGGAGACAGGUUCCUUUAGCAAAUUCGUGAAUGUGAUGUCAGCCAGGACAGCUGUGGGACAUGACCGGAAAGGGCAGCUGGUGCUCUUCCACGCAGAUGGGCAGACGGAGCAGCGGGGCAUUAACCUGUGGGAGAUGGCGGAGUUCUUGCUGAAACAGGACGUGGUCAACGCCAUCAACCUGGAUGGAGGGGGUUCCGCCACCUUUGUGCUCAACGGGACCUUGGCCAGUUACCCAUCAGAUCACUGCCAGGACAACAUGUGGCGCUGUCCACGCCGCGUGUCUACUGUGGUGUGUGUGCAUGAGCCCCGCUGCCAGCCACCUGACUGCAGCGGCCACGGGACCUGUGUGGAGGGUCGCUGCCAGUGCACGGGACACUUCUGGCAGGGCGCGGCCUGCGACAAGCUGGACUGUGGCCCCUCCAACUGCAGCCUACACGGGCUUUGCACAGAGACUGGCUGCUGCUGUGAAGCUGGAUGGACAGGCUCCAACUGCAGUGAAGCUUGUAGCAAUGGCUCCUUCGGGGCAGACUGUGCCAUGAAGUGCAGGUGUCAGAACGGAGCUGCCUGUGACCCCGUCCAGGGAACCUGCACCUGUCCUCCUGGCUUCACUGGAGACACCUGCGAGCAGGAGUGUCCCCUCGGCUGGCACGGGCCAGGCUGCCAGAUGCCUUGCAAGUGUGAGCACCAGUGUCCCUGUGACCCCCAGACUGGCAACUGCAGCCUGGCCCAGGCACCAGCCCUUACCAGCAUCUUCUCCCAAGUGAAACAGUGUCUUCGGCCAUCUGAGACCACCCCGAGAACAGGAGAACUCUCCCUUCUCACCGGGACCGCCUGGCUGGCCCUCACCCUGGCCCUAGUUUUCCUUCUGCUGAUCAGCACGGUGGCGAACGUGUCCUUACUCCUUGGCUCGAGGGCAGAGCGGAGCCGGCACCUGGAUGGGGCCUACGUUUACCACCCACUGCAGGAGAUGAACGGGGAGCUUCUGGCCACAGAGAAGGAACAGCAGGGUGACGCCCACAACCCCUUCAAGGACUGACGCCUCCAGCCGUCCGCCAUGGCCUGCUCUGAAAGCUCACUUCAACACGGCCUCGUUUCUGCAAGGGAAGCCUCAAGGCCGCUGGUCCUCUGGGUGCUCUCCGCCCCGGUGCCAAGCCAAGCUUCUGAUAGCACCUGUGCCUCAGCCCCUCACCUGGCCCCAGGCCCUCCCCUGGUCGCCUGCCAUGACACACGCAACCCAAUACCAUGCUCCCCAGAGAGAGACUGCCUCCUUCCCUGCCUGCCUGUGUCUGCUGCCUGGGUGGCCUGUCAACCGAGGGCCUGCUGUGCUGCCAAAGAGCCUCUGGCCUCCUGAGGCAGAGGCCGCUAGCGAUGGGACGCCCCGUGACUGCACCGUGACUGAGUGGCAGGGGCCAGCCAGCCCUCCUGGACAGGGAUGGAUUACAGAGACGAUGGUCACGUCACGGGAUCCUUCUCUACAGACCUCAUUGCAGAAUUUGCCAAUUAGAAUUCUACUUCCUAUCACAGGGAGCUCCUUCGAAGGGGCGGGGGAUGGAAUCAUGUUUACAAGCUUUCUAUUUUGGUACCCUGCCACAGAGAGAGGGUUUUUUUUUUAAUCACUUGAAUAAAUUGAUGUAAUAAAAGGAGCCCCCCAGGUGGCAACUAAAGCC